UCUUUGCCAUUAAUUUUCAGUUAUCGAUAUCAGCCAUUAUAUUUAGCUACUGUACGUACAGCUGGCUAACUUUUCGCAUAUGCAUUUUAACAUUACGUACGGUGUAUCGGCCAGACUGAUAAACUUCGCCCAUGAUUAAUGCACUUAUAUUAAAUUACGGUAUUUUAGCUUAUUAUUUCAAUUUUUUUAUAAUUUCACUUAUUAUUCCAUUAUUUAAUUUUUAUAUUUUGAAAAACACUCUAGUCUAUGGGAGUAAGUGAGCAUUCCCAUUCAUAAAAUUAUUCCGCCACUCGCGGCGUGGCUUAUUAAGAAGGAAGCGCCUCGCAGUUGCUGAGCGAAUGGUGUGAAUUUCGAACUCGAUCAUUUGUUGACAACCCCAGCUGCAAGAUGGACUCAUCAAUAAUUCCCUUACAUAUUUUUCACUAUAUAAAAACAUUUCUGUGUCUCCUGCUGAUUAUCUCAAACAUCAGCCACUUUACUUUUGCCGCAAUUGCGCUAAAUGGCCGGAUAAACGCCCGCCCCUACGACGGUUUCCAGUUCCUGGAGCCCGCGCUGAUCCCCACGGGGAAUUAUAUUUCCCUAUCAGGCAUUAUGCCGUCCAUCGUAUCCAAUAGUACAUCGUCAUUACCCAACAGCCCCGCACAGGAUGAGCUGAUUACCACCAUCCUAAACGUGCUGGAUGGCCUGCUAACGAGCCCCGCAUCCAGCAGUAAACCAAUCAGUGCACGGCGUCGUCGUCGUCGUCGCGCCGCCGGCAUAAUUCCCAGCAGCAGCAGCGGCAUUCGCCCGCUAACCACGAUCCGCAUCCCCAUGGGAAUUUUCAUCUCCGACCAAUCAAGCGAUGUACAGCACGAUGCGUUGUUGCAGCAGCCGGGUGCGAGUAAGGCGCGUCUCACCAGCGGACUGAGCAGGGUGAUACAGCGGCUGCGCCAGUCAGCCGAUAGUGGCGGUCGACAGCGCGGCACAUUUAAUUAUGCCCGCACAUUCAACGGACUGGCGCCCGUUGAGCCGGUGUACAUCCCCCGUGGCUAUUUUAUCCCACUGACCCCCCUGCUGUCCGGCAAGCAGGAAUUGCCGCCCACGGAAGCAUCACGGCCCUUCGCUGGGAUUCAGCCGCUGACUCUCACGCAGUUAGCCGGUGGGAUUUUUAUUCCGCAUAGGAUGCCGGCACUACCCAAUGAUAUUCCUUCACAAAUUGUUCCGCCAGGCUCGGAAGUCUUUCCAGAAUUUCCAGCCGAUGCCGGUGAUCUGUUCGGAGAGGAGGAUAUAGAGCAUCUACUUAACAAUGGUGGCCAUUCGGCCGAAAAUAUCGAUGAACCUGUACCGACACUGCCCCUUUCGAUGACCUCGACGAGACAACAACGUCGACCAGGAGAACAACCGUAAAAUCAACUUUUUCUAAACAGGAAACAGUUGUCACAACGUCCACAUUACGAACUACCAGAGCAUCCCUGACAUGGGCAUCUUCUAAGAGUCCCUCGUCACUGAGCACAACGAACAGUAAAGCAUCACAGUCGCAGAAUACACAGAAAACUUCCAGUACUACGCCCAGUCAGCCGGAUGACACUAGCGCCGACGACAUCCUCGAUUUUGAUCCACAACAUGCGCAGUCGACAACAAGUGGCACGACCGAGGACACACCACCACCACCGCCUGACCCCGACGAUUUAUCGCAGAGUACAACAAUAACACCGGCGGAGUCGGUUAAUUUAAGCGUUCUGUUGCCGCCAGGACUGCAGACACGCACACGAUCCGGUGUUGUCUAUUUACAAAUCCCACCGAAAGAAGCGGUUGCUGACGCCUAAAUCUGUGGAUAAUUUUGUAAAGCUGCAACUGUAAUUUGCGAUCGGACGCCCUAGUUUUUUUUUCUACAGGAGCACGUAGACACUGUUUUAAUUUUAUGUACAUUUUAUGUACUGUUUUAAUUUUAUGUAUAUUGAGUGAACAUGUUUUUCGUUUUGGAUUGGAUUCGUCACAAUUAACACGUUUCUUGCCGGUUAUUAGACCACGGACACUCGGGCACAAUAACUGUCCAGAA